CAUCUUUCUCUCUCGUUCUGUCUCUCUCUUGCUUCUUCCCUGUUACCCCCUCCAUCUUUGCGCUGAUAUCGCGCGUCAACUCUGACCACUCGUCCCUCUCUCCACCUCCGAUGUUCCCAUCACGAUCCGUUCUGUGGUACCGAAUUGACGCCACGAUCGACGAGUAUCCGACGCAUAAGACCAAGUGACAACAUGCAGGUUCUUAAAUCUUCGCCGGACCAUGCCAGCGUGAUCGAAGUUGUGAAUCUAACGAUCAACUAAUCCGCUUGUUGAAGCGGACGAAAGCCACGGCUACGACGACGACGACGACGACGAUCUCGUCGGCAUAUCGAUCCUGUUCGAUGCAUCCCUAUGCUGGUGAACAGUCGACCUCGCCCGCAGCAGCAAGUCGGUAGAGAUCACCACCAUCACCGAGACGAGAUGGAGAUCAUCGGCGACUACGAAUACAAUGGUCGGGAUAUGAUCGGCAACGGCGCCUUCGCCGUGGUUUUCAGGGGCAGACAUCGCAAAAAACCAAAUUUUGUGGUGGCUAUUAAAUGUAUCACAAAGAAGAAUUUAGCCAAAUCACAAGAGCUGCUUAAGGAAGAGAUCAAGAUCCUAAAAGCAUUAACCAGACUGCAUCACAAGAAUGUUGUUGCAUUGUAUGAUUGUAAGGAUUCUACUCAUAAUGUCUUCCUAAUCAUGGAGUAUUGUAACGGUGGUGAUUUGGCAGAUUACUUGACUGCAAAAGGCAGUCUCUCCGAAGAUACUAUUAGGCUAUUUCUGAGGCAGAUAGCUGAAGCAAUGAAGAUACUGCACGAGAAAGGUAUAGUACACAGGGAUCUCAAACCACAGAACAUCCUAUUGAGUUAUAAUGGCGGCAGAGCAUGUCCACAGCCACAUCAAAUAACAGUGAAGAUAGCUGAUUUUGGCUUCGCUCGAUUUUUAAAAGACGGUGUAAUGGCCGCUACGUUGUGCGGCUCGCCGAUGUAUAUGGCACCGGAAGUUAUUAUGUCGCAUAAAUAUGACGCGAAGGCGGAUCUGUGGUCUUUAGGUACCAUUGUGUAUCAGUGUCUCACCGGCAAAGCACCGUUCCAGGCUAGCAAUCCCCAUGCGCUCAAGUCAAUGUACGAGAAAAACGUCGACCUCAGACCUGACAUACCGUCUGGAACAUCGCCGGAAUUGACACAUCUUUUGAUGGGCUUGUUAAAGCGCAACCCGCCUGAUCGUAUGAGCUUCGAUGAGUUCUUCAAUCAUCCGUUCCUCCAGGGCACCAGGAUGACUCCGAGCCCGGUAUCUGCCGAAUUGUCAGCGUCGCCGAGGACGACAGCAAUGCCGGAAGCUGCGCCGAUCGUUGACAGAUCGGAGGAGCCCGAGACGAGCAGUCCGUGUUCCAGCCCCGAGGACGACUUUGUUCUCGUGCCAAGUGACCUCAGCAGCGACGCCGACAAUAAUCCCAAUCCGCAAUCGGUCAAAUAUACCAAACAGGCGAAUAGGGACGCCGUCAGCCCGCCGCGGCCAUGUUUGUCGAAAUUGUGCGAUUAUACCAAGCAAACAAGCAGGGAAGCUGUCAGUCCACCUCGGCCGUGCUACCUUCCCAUUUCCGAGCCGAUUCCUGUUCCGUGUAAUCGGAACGUGGCUCCGCAGCCGUCGUCACCUUCGACGAAUGCCCGAUCCGGGAGCAGCGUCGUGCCUCGGUCUCAACCUAUCAGCAUGAAACGUAGCGUGGAUUCUCACAGGAGUCAUCCACCGGACAUCGGCUCUCUCAGCCCGCCCAGUGUGCAAUUUGUUAUCGGUACUCCACCUGGUAGAAGGUUGAGUGAGACACCACCGCCGCCGAAUACCUGGCAGGUUAGUCCGGUAGCGAGGCAUUCGCACACCCCGAGCGGUACUUCACCACUACGUCGAUCUACAGGUAACAAUAGCGCAUCGUCUCCGCUUCUUACCGGACCACUUGCGGUGCUGGGCUCGCCCACGUCGAGGGCUUUCCAAGAUAACAACAACACUCUCAGGCAUUCGCCCGUUAUCCCAUUUGGCACCAGAGCAGUCACUCUACCCGAGAUAUCCGAAGCUGGCAGUUUCCAAAGCCUCUUCCCCGACAUACCACCGACGACAACCGACGAGCGCCCGUUAACGUUUAUCGCGCCAGAAUUGCCGGAGGAAACUCUGCUCGAGCGCGAGCACAACGAGAUCCUGGCCAAGCUCAACUUCGUUGUGGCAUUGUGCGAAUGUGUGUGUGAAGUCGCCAGGACCAGAGCCGGGCCACUCGGCAAUUUCGAAGAGGCAGCGCCUCUCGGCAGCAUCGAGCAAGCCGGUAACGCGGCCACUAGACGGCGAGCCGAGCAGGUGAUCCUGCUGGUUCGAGCUUUGCAGUGGCUUAGCUCAGGCCUGAACCUCGCCACGCAGCAGCUUAAAGCUGGGAGAUUACAACCGACAGCCAGCGUGAAGGAGGUUGUUAGUACCAUGAACGAGAAAUUCAGAUCGUGCCUCACAGAAUGCAAGCAGCUGAACAGUGCGGGGCUUCUUCGACAAACAGGUGCCACGGCAGACAAGAUAUUGUACAAUCACGCGAUUCAAAUGUGUCAGUCAGCAGCAUUGGAUGAGCUGUUUGGAAAUCCUGCGGAAUGUUUUCAACGCUAUCAUACGGCGCAGAUAUUAUUGCACUCGUUGUCGCAGCAUGUCAGUCACAGCCAGGAUCGUGCUCUGCUCAUAAAAUACAAAGACGCCGUAGAAAAGCGGCUGUAUGUGCUGCAGCAGCAGGGCUACAUCUACGCGACCGAGCCCACGUAGCGCUUGUGAAACGCGGCAGCCGAGCGCAGCGGCAGAGUCCCGCCCGCACUAUCAGCCGAGCCCGUACCAUUACCGCACUCGAUAUCGCUCUUUUUAUGUAAUAUAUUCUGCCCUAUUCUGUACAAAAGGCGUUGAAAGCCGAGACACGGUGUAUACGUCUCAACGUACAAUAGGCGUUCACAGAUGCUUGUGCCGUUCUCUGGAUGAACAUUCUAAAAGUAUCUCCCAAAGAGAUGCAUAUUGAUUUUUCGUACACGUGUCGUAAAGUCAGUUCUUUCUAACUGCAUUACGUAGUAUAUUUUCUGUGCUUAAAAUGAAAUAGUUGUAUAUUUGCGAUUUGGAAAAAAAAAAGAAAAGAAAAGGUGAAAAAUAUCGCAUUGAUUACAAAAAGCACGGCAAUAUUUGUGAUAAGUAAACGGGUGAAGUGAAAUGUUAAUCGACAGCUUGAUCGACACGUGUUAUAUUUCAAACGUAAGAUCAAAUGAUAAAACGAAACUAUCGAAUAUUAAACAUAUUAAUGAAAUAUAUCAAUUGAAAAUAUCAUGUAUACAUAGAGUUGUAUCUAUGUAUACAUGUAUCUAUGUAUACAUAGAGUUUUAAAUGAUAGUUUUGAAGUUUUCAGAAGAUUUUUAUAAUUUAAAUAUUGAAUAAUUUUUUAUCGUUGAGACACAAUUUUACUAAUCUUUGCUAACAUCAUGUGAUCUAGAUAACGAAUUCGAUUUUUUUAUUUUUAAGAUAUAAUUUAUUUUUAAAUCAUCUUAUCAGCGAGAAAUUUACAAAAAUAUAACAUUAUUGUUUCAUUAAUAUGAGAAUCGUCUAUCUGGUGAAUAUAUGAAGAAUUUAUGACGUCUAAUGUUCGCUAAACGAGAACGGAACAAAGCGGCUGACUAUCUUACCAAGACUAAUUAAGAAGCUUUCCGUAGUUCCAUACGGAAUAGGGUAGAUAGCGAAGAAAGUGAAAGCCCGUUGCACGCCCUUUUCCCCUUCCUGUCCGGCCCUUCACCGACUUCUUAAGAUUUUUUGUAUGAUUUAUUAACUCAAAACGACUAAGAUAUAACGAUUGUACACUGUAUAAUGUACGCAUGGUCGGAUUAACUAACCUUUAUUUCGUAUCAAUCAAUAAACAUGUGUAUACUAUACGGCGUUGUGCGUUCAAUGCAAGGCACUUGUCUCGUCGUUCUCAACUGCACUGCAAUGGUGCAACAGUAACGCUAAUUAUACAAAAGUAAAGUAACUGAUGAUGGGCGUUCGAUUAUCUGUCUCCCAUGAAUUUCUAAGCAAUUUCAAUCACCGUUAAAGCGUCCGCCUUUUCUCUCUUUUUGAAAUAUCCGAAGUCGCGCAUAAUAUUCACGAGAAUAGACAGUAAAUGUCUAGCCGAGAAACUAUUCCUGUCGGGAAUGUCUUCGAAAAAAUCAGUUUUAUGGCGACUAGACAUUUUUCAUCAAUUGUCGUGAAUGUUAUAUGUCCUUAAAUUCUUUGUUUCAUUUUUAGUGUUACACUCGUUGGCCCAUCAUUAGUGUAAAGUUUAAGCUUGUGAGGUACGCCUUUUUCAACGCGAACUAGAAAAAGCUGGCUGCGUCUCUUCCCGUUCCCUCUGUUUACGAAAACGCGACUUCCUUGAUCUUAUCAUCUACGACUUCUUCAUCGUCAGGUAUCUGUUUGUUGUCUCGAUAAAUAAAAUAGUUGAGCGUCACGGCGAAGGUGUUCCAGCACAAGUAGGGAAUAUUGAGAUAGCCGGCAAUGGGGUUCACUUCGUGAAACAGGAUUAGGAGUGCUGCCGUGUUGAUGCACAACGCCGCGUUCUCGUAGAGAGCCUGCAAAACAGUGUAAAGCGUUAGUUUAAGGAUGUUGGGACCGUUUGGGGUGAUACCAUUUAAUUAGUUGCCAAUCGUCUAGUCUAUUUAAGAUUACGUGCGACUUUUGCAGCGGAUAUUUUAAAACCGAAUCAAAGAUUUUAUCUUUUUCACAUAUAUAUUAAAAAAAUGCGUUACAAAAUCCAUAUUUUAAAAAUUUACGUGAUUUAAGGAAUAAUUAAAAAGUAUAUAUUACAAAGUGUUCAAGAAAAUAUAUUAGUUUUCGAAAAUAUGGAUUUUAUUAGAAAAUAUGAGUUCGAGAUACUUUAAGAAUACUCUCUUCAAUUGUUUGACUUAAGAAUUUGUUAAUUAGUUUCCAAUUCUUUUAAUUUUCGGCUCAUUUACAAGUAAUUGAAAUUACGCGGAUAAUGUUCACGGAAAGAAAAGCGAAACUCGAAUAGUAUCAAGCUCAGGCUUAAGAUUAAGACACAUAUUGGCGUGUACGUAAGAUGUAAUUACCCAUUUUAUGCGGCGAGUGCCAAAGAACAACGGCACCCACGACCAGUUGAGGAUGAUAUUGAAGACGUAGGUAGUAAGUGGAAGAUGUGCUCCUUCAAAACCACCCCCAUCUCUCCACACAAUGUACGACGAAUAGCCUAAUGUACUAUAGAGGCCAGUCCAUACAGGCCCGAACGACCAGGCCGGCGGCAUCCAGGACGGCUUCUUUAAGGACUGGAAAAUGCGAGCGACGAGUCAAGAGAGUGCGACGCACGACGACGGAUUAUAUACGUACAAAGCAACUGUAUUGUUAUAUCAUUAGUGAAAUAAGAUGUGUAAUUUAUUGUAAACUUGGGCAUUUCAGGUAGGAAGCUGAAAGUAGAUAAACAAAGUGAGUAGGCAGGUGAGCAGGCAAAUAGAAUUUAGUUGACUCUCGCGACUUGUGCGGAUCUUCAUACCAGCGAAAUACAAAUCCAAGGUGACGUAUCAGCCGUGACAUGUAUCACUUUACAGACGACGUGUAUGUCCAGCAUAUAAUAUGCGAAUCUCUUCUUGAACAUUUUGGUAACUUGCUCGAUAUCUUUUAGGCAGGUCUGUUUCGUAUACUUUCUGUACACUCGCGUGUGAAUAUCAUGUAUUACGAACGAGUGUAAUUAUAGUUAUAAAUAACGCGUAACUAUAAGCUAUUAAUAUUACGAGAUGACGAAUAAUAUAUACACAGUUACAUUUAUAAAUAUAAUUAUAAAUAUAAUGUGCAAUUGUGUAAACGAUUAUAAGUAAUAUUAUACAGUUAUAAGCAAUGAUUAAUAAUUAUAAAUAACGAUAA